UGAGACGCUCAGCGGCUCUCUGUGAAACCCGCCCCCAAACAGCCGCCCCAAACAGCAAGACGACAGAGGCAUCUCACAUCUCACUUUCAUCGCCAUCAACCUCCAAAGGUUGUUGUUGUUGUCCUUGGAGGUCCUCUUGUUUUUGCAGUUCAGAUCGGUCCCUUGCCUCUCACUACUAGCUACAGUACUAGCGAACAAUAGUCUACGUCUUUCAAACCGCCUGCAUCAAGUCCAGCGGAUCAGGAAAGUAGUAGAAGGAGAAAGACCAGGCUUGAGUCAUCUUGCUGCUCUCCUCUUUGGGUGCUCUACUACUUUCAUCAUCGGCGAGGCUGGACUACGCUACGUAUUCUUGCGUGGUUGCCUUACUUGGCAGUGACCACCGCACGUUUCAAUACACGACAAUUCAUUGAUUUCCAAACAAACCAAACCAAAAAAUACAAACAAUCCACAAUCUACAUUUUUUCGUCCAUUCAUUUUCAUUCAGCUAAACAACAACAUUCAAUAUGGCGCAUCAAGCAGGAGCCACGUCGCUGGGCAUGGUGUCGGAGAACUUUGGUUACUCUCGUGUCCGUUUGCGUCGCGUCAAGAAACUCCAAUUUGGAAUUGUCAAUCCGCAAGAACUCAAGCAGUACAGUGUGACACAAGCCAUUACCGUCAAUGGCAAGAAGAUUCCCGCCGGAGUGACGCGCUACGAGACGCACAUUGCCGGACAACCCGUCUAUGGCGGUGCCAACGAUCCUCGGCUCGGGAAUCUCCACGACAAGUCCGAUCCGGGAUAUUUUGGUCAUUUGGAAUUGGCGCGGCCGGUCUAUCAUCAAGGCUUUAUUCAAGUCUGUAUGAAAGUUGUGCGAUGCGUCUGUUAUCAUUGCGCUCGCUUCAAAAUGAGAGACGAUGAAUUCAAGUUCCAGAAAUGCAAGACGAUCAAACACAAGAAAAAGCGACUCGAAGCACUCCACGAUUUGCUACGCAACAAGAAACAGUGCGAUCAUUGUCAGGGCAUGCAACCCAAAAUUACAAAGGUCGCACUCUCGCUGGAAGGAGAAUUCCCAGAAGGAGCCGCCACGGGGCCUGGAGCGUCGAUGGGAGAUUCCAAACAAUUCCUCAGUGGAGCCACCAUUGUCAAGUUGCUACGACAAGUCCGGGAAGAAGAUGUCAUGUUGUUGGGCUUGAAUCCCCAUCAUUCACGUCCCGAUUGGUUACUCGUCCAAGUACUGCCCGUGCCACCCAUGCACGUGCGGCCCAGUGUCGUUGCGGCGGGAGCCAUGUCGUCGGAAGAUGACUUGACGCAUCAAUUGGUCAAUGUCAUCAAGAGUAACAUUGCAUUGACCAAUGCUAUUCAAAAUGGUGAACCCAAUUUGAUUGUCGAACAAUUCGAACAGUCCCUGCAGCACAAUGUCGCUGCCUUUAUGGAUAACGAAAUUCGUGGCAUGCCACAAGUCACCCAACGCAGUGGGCGUCCCCUCAAAACCGUCGUCCAGCGAUUAAAGGGAAAGGAAGGACGCAUUCGUGGAAAUCUAAUGGGAAAGCGUGUCGACUUUUCGGCCCGUACCGUUAUUACGGCCGAUCCCAAUUUGGGAAUUACCCAAGUCGGUGUCCCCCGCAGUGUCGCCAUGAACUUGACCGUACCCGAACGUGUCACGGCAUAUAAUGUCGCGCAAUUGUCGGCACUGGUCGCCAACGGACCGACCACCCAUCCCGGAGCCAAACACAUUAUUCGAACGGAUGGUACGCGCAUCGAUUUGCGCUAUGUCAAAAACAAGUCCGAACUAUUGCUCGAUCAUGGAUGGAUUGUCGAACGGCAUUUGCGAGACAAUGAUAUCGUACUGUUCAAUCGACAACCCAGUUUGCAUAAAAUGUCCAUUAUGGGACACAUGGCCAAGGUACUCGAUUGGUCCACCUUUCGGCUUAACCUUUCGUGUACGGCGCCCUACAAUGCCGAUUUUGAUGGCGACGAAAUGAAUCUGCACGUGCCGCAGUCGUUGCCGGCACGAGCCGAAGCCGAGUUGAUGAUGUGGUCCCAGCGUGUCGUCGUAUCGGGACAGUCCAAUCGGCCCGUCAUGGGGAUUAUUCAAGAUUCCCUCAUUGCCGUACAGAAAAUGACCAAACGCAGUAUCUUUAUCGAAAAGGAUUUGUGUUUCAACAUGUUAAUGUGGGUCAAGGAAUGGGACGGACGAAUCCCCAUUCCCGCCAUUUUGAAACCCAAGGAACUAUGGACCGGGAAACAGUUGUUGAGUCAGAUUCUACCCAAGGUCAAUCUCAAAUCCAAAGCCAACAGCGGACCACCCAAAGGAAAACCAUGCAAUUUUAAUGCGUAUGAUCAUUUGGUCACAAUCCAAGAGGGAGAAUUGUUGGAAGGAACCGUCGACAAGAAAACGGUCGGGAGUGGUAUGGGAGGUCUGAUCCACACGGCGUGGUUGGAUGCCGGAUACGCUAAUAAUGCCAAAUUCAUGUUGGCCAUCCAGCAGCUUGUCAACCACUGGAUCCUCAAUUAUUCCUUUAGCAUUGGAGCGAUCGAUGCGAUUGCCGAUAAUGCUACCAUGAAACAGAUUGAGAGUACCAUCGACAAGGCCAAGAAACAAGUCGAAGAUCUUGUCCGACAGGGACAAUCCGGAGAGUUGGAAAUCCAGCCGGGACGGACCAUGCUCGAGUCGUUUGAACAGUUGGUCAACAAGGUUCUCAACACGGCUCGUGAUCACGCCGGAAAGUCGGCCCAGUCGAGUUUGGACGAGACUAACUCGGUCAAGGCCAUGGUGACUGCUGGAUCCAAGGGAUCCUUCAUCAAUAUCUCGCAGAUUAUUGCCUGUGUCGGACAACAGAAUGUGGAAGGAAAGCGUAUCCCCUACGGUUUCCGCAAGCGCAGUCUGCCCCAUUUCAGUAAGGACGAUAUCGGAAGUGAGUCGCGUGGAUUUGUGGAGAACUCGUACCUGCGUGGUUUGAGUCCGCAAGAAUUUUUCUUCCAUGCCAUGGGUGGUCGUGAGGGUUUGAUUGAUACCGCUUGUAAGACCGCCGAGACUGGAUACAUUCAGCGCCGUCUGGUCAAGGCUAUGGAAACCGUCAUGGCGCGAUACGAUGGUACUCUCAGGACGAGCGGUGGUCAGAUCGUCCAGUUCUUGUACGGAGAAGACGGUAUGGACGCCGUGUGGAUCGAAAAGCAGACAUUCGAUUCGUUGACAUUGAAAAAGAACGAAUUCGACAAGAAAUUUGUCAUGAACUCGGCAGACCCAGACUUUGGCUAUGAUGAUCAGAACAUCCCCUACAUGGAAGCUGAUGUCCUCGAGGAUUGCAAGCGCGACCCCGAAGUGCAGCUCAUGUUGGAUCGAGAGGCGGAGACUUUACGCGAAGAUCAGGCCGUCCUGCGUAUCGUCAUGGCCAACCGUGAGGCUGGUAGAGAAUCCGAUGACAGCUCCUACGCACCCGGCAACAUUAAACGUGUCUUGGAGAACUCGAAACGACAAUUUAAGAUUGACAUGGGACAGCCGUCUGAUUUGCACCCCCGUGAUAUUAUUGAGAAGUACACGGCGUUGCUGGACCGUUUGAUUGUCGUGGUUGGAGAUGAUCCGCUUUCCGUGGAAGCUCAAAACAACGCCAUUACGAACUACCGUAUUUUGAUCCGAGGCAUGCUGGCCUCCAAGCGAGUUCUGAAAGACUGGCGCUUGUCGAAGGCCGCCUUGGACUGGGUUGUGGGUGAAAUUGAAACUCGCUUCAAUGUGGCCAAGGUCAGCGCUGGAGAAAUGGCGGGAGUGUUGGCGGCGCAGUCGAUCGGAGAGCCUGCGACUCAGAUGACGCUCAACACAUUCCACUACGCUGGUGUGAGUGCGAAGAAUGUGACACUCGGUGUGCCUCGUCUGAAGGAAAUUAUCAACGUGGCAAAAACGCCCAAGACGCCCGGCCUGACUGUGUACUUGGAAGAGGAGGUCAGUGGGGACGAGAACAUUGCGGAGUUGGUGGUUUCCACUCUUGAAUUCACCGUCCUGGGAAACGUGGUGAAGAAAACGGAAAUAUACUACGACCCUGAUGUCAGGAACAGUGUUGUGGCAAACGAUCGCGAGUUUGUCAAGGAGUUCUAUGAGAUUACGGACAAGACUGACGAUGACUUGCGCCGCCUGAGCCCGUGGGUCUUGCGCAUCGAGCUCGACAAGUCUCUGGUCGACGUGAAACGUGUUAAGAUGCCGGAGAUCUCCAGGGAAAUCGAGGCAGAGUAUGGGUCGGAUCUUCACGUUGAAGUCACCGACGACAACGCCGAGGAAUUGGUGGUUAGAGUGCGAAUUGUCAAUGAUACUCCGGUCAACAGCACAGGCAUGGACGUUGGGGGUGGAGCCGGAGUAGAUGAGCAUGGUCUUGGUCUAUCCAAUCAACAGGAUGAAGACGUUGAGGUCGGGCAAGAGGAUGACAUGUUCUUGAAGCGAUUGGAAAAGAGCAUGUUGAAGAGCCUCAAGUUACGAGGGGUGGAUCAUGUCAAGAAAGUGUUCAUGCGAAAGGGCAAACGCUCCACAUGGGACGACAACGCCGGUUUUGGUAUGAAGGAUGAGUGGGUCAUGGAGACCGAUGGAACGAAUCUCAUGGCUGUUCUUGGAAUUGAUUAUGUUGACGCAACACGAACUACGAGCAAUGAUAUCGUUGAGGUUUUCGUCACUCUCGGUAUCGAAGGAGUCCGUGGCGCUCUUCUCGGGGAGCUUCGCAAUGUCAUCAGUUUUGACGGUUCCUAUGUGAACUACCGUCACUUGGCUUGUCUGGUAGACGUGAUGACGAUGCAGGGGCACUUGAUGGCCAUCGAUCGUCACGGAAUCAAUCGAGUCGAUUCAGGUCCUCUUCUUCGCUGUUCUUUCGAAGAGACGGUUGAUAUGUUGAUGGACGCAGCGGUGUAUGCGGAGGACGAAAUCUUGAGAGGCGUCACAGAGAACAUUAUGAUGGGACAACUUGUUCGCGUCGGGACAGGAUGCAUCGAUUUGCUCCUGGACGAAGAAAAGGUUGUCCGUGAAGCCGUCGAAGUUGUGGUUGACGAGUUUGGAGACAACAAGGAUCUGGGACUUGUCGGUUCCAAUAAUACUGGAUCUGCCACUCCAUACGCCAGCACGCCAUUUGCGAGUAGUCCAAUGGUUGGAGGGGGCUCUGAGAUGUCUCCCUUCGUUGGAGAUGGAGCAUUCAGUCCAGCGGUUGGUGGCGCCAGUUUCUCUCCAGCCUAUUCUCCCGACAGCGGCAGCUAUGGCUCAGGCUUUGCUAGUGGGAGUUACGGAAGUGGCGACGACAAUAGAGCUGCAAUGAUGUCUCCGGCUUACAGUCCAGCCAGCCCUGCAUACUCCCCAACCUCUCCCCAGUACAGCCCCACGUCUCCGGCCUACAGUCCGACUUCGCCUGCAUAUUCUCCGACAAGCCCAGCCUACUCCCCCACAAGUCCAGCUUACAACCCAACCAGCCCAGCAUAUUCGCCAACCUCUCCAGCAUACUCUCCUACAUCCCCUGCGUACAGUCCAAAAUCUCCGGCCUACAGCCCGACGAGUCCCCAGUAUUCGCCCACAUCUCCUCAGUACAGCCCGACUAGCCCAGCAUACAGCCCUACGAGCCCACAGUACUCACCCACUAGCCCAGCCUAUUCUCCAACUAGUCCUGCAUACUCGCCGGCCUCACCAGCCUACAGCCCGACUUCUCCUGCAUACUCCCCCACGAGUCCAGCCUACUCCCCCACAAGCCCUGCUUACUCUCCAACAUCUCCUGCCUAUUCUCCCACCUCUCCUGCCUAUUCGCCUGCCAGUCCGGCCUACUCUCCUACAAGCCCAGCUUAUUCUCCUUCGCAAGGUGGCAACGAUUAGAGGUUUGGUGAGAUUGCCCUCUGGGUUUCAUAACUUCACCUGAUUGCGAAGGUUGCGGCCGAGAAGUUAGACCUCAUUUGAGGCUUGGUUGCAACCUCUGCAAGGAACUUCAACAAUGCUUCUGAGGAUGUGCCAGACUGGAGACGGUGCUUUACUUGGGCUACUUAAUUAAAAAAUCAUCAUACAUAGUUUUCAUUGAUUUUCCUC